AUGAUGGCAGCAAUGGGCGAUGAUCCAAUCCGUGAAUGGAUUCUGUCAGAAGGAAAGGCAACCCAGAUUACAGGAAUUAGGCCUGUGGGGGGUGGUUGCAUCAAUCGUGCCAGCCGUUAUGACACUGAUGCCGGUUCCUUCUUUGUUAAAACAAACAGGGGUAUUGGACCAUCAAUGUUUGAGGCAGAGGCUUUGGGUUUAAGUGCUAUGUAUGAAACUGGAUCAAUCCGAGUGCCAAGACCAUUUAAGUUUGGAGCCCUACCAACUGGUGGUUCAUAUAUCAUCAUGGAAUUCAUAGAAUUUGGUGCUUCUAGAGGUGAUCAGUCUGUUUUAGGGAGGAAGCUUGCUGAAAUGCAUAAAGCUGGGAAAUCAGCAAAGGGUUUUGGUUUUGACAUCGACAAUACCAUUGGCAGUACCCCACAGAUAAAUACUUGGACAUCAGAUUGGAUUGAAUUUUAUUCAAAGCAUAGGUUGGGUUACCAACUGAAGUUGGCACGAGAUCAAUAUGGUGAUUCCACCAUUUAUGAAAGAGGUCAAAGGCUGGCCAAGAAUAUAGGACCUCUCUUUGAAAAUGUUGUUAUUGAGCCCUGCUUACUACAAGGAGACUUGUGGAGUGGGAAUAUCAGCUCUGACAAAAAUGGCGAGCCUGUCAUACUAGACCCAGCUUGUUAUUGUAAUAUAGCAAGUGGAUUCAAAGCACCUAUAGCAAUUGGAAGCAUGUCAUCUUUGCAGAGAGUCUCUAUGAUUGACUUAAAUGGUGACACUAACAGCAUUUUACUGAGGGAGUUAGGGAAGCUGACCCAAUUGAGGAGAUUGAAUGUUUUAAAUAUGGGCAUAAUGAGGCAGAAUUUGGAAUGUCAUGGUGUGCUGGGUUUGGAGGAUCUUUUUAUAAUGCCUAUUUUGAGGUAUCCUUGUUCUCAGUCUUCUUUUUCAGGAGAGAGGGUGAUGCCUAAACAACCUGGCUUCGAAAAGCGGAGGGAUCUUUAUAUGCUUUACCAUUACUUGAAUCAUUACAAUCUUUUCGGAUCUGGGUACCGCUCAUCAGCUAUGUCUAUAAUUGAUGACUAUCUACGGAUGUUAAAAGCUUAG